UGGUUGAAAGUAGCUGGCAACACCUUUGCUGCCAUGUAUUUCAAUGGAGGCAAUGUACCAUAUAAAAGAAUGAAGCAAAACCAAAUCAGGAAGUACAUAAGGAUGUCGUAGGAGGAGAAAGAUUGGAGAAGGCUCUGUUGUGUCUGGUAGUUGCUACCUUAUUGUCCGACGAAGAAACUCCGGCCCUUAGGGAUUUGCAGGACGACAGGACAUUGUCCAUGAAAACUCGGAGGAAGAAGACAAAACAGAGGAUGUUUUUUUGUCAGAGAACAGGAGACAGAGUUGACAAACUUCUAACUGCAUGUGCAUGCAUGGGAAAAACCACAACGGUAUUAUAUAUAUAUAACUCUGGGAGAUGGUGGUUGGGUCUUCUUCUACGUCUUCCUCGUGGAUAGCAAGCAAACACAAUGAAGGACAUUGUCGUCAACUUCGGGAGUGAUGAACACAAAACUUGGCAUGAAUUGGGGAAAUUUUGGAAUGAAGCAGAGGAGAGAGAGAGAUAGAAGGAAAGAACAAAAACAAAAAGGAAAGGAGAGGCAUUUACUCCUCAUUUAAUGGCUUCCAACUACAUUUUCCAUUACUGAGAAGCGCAGCAGUUUUGCCCUCAUUUAAUGCUCUCAGUACCACUCAACAUUGAGAUAAACUCUCUCUCCCUCUCUCCCUCUCUCUCUCUCUCUCUCUCUCUUUUCCACUGAUCCUGCUUUCGUCACCCCAUUUAUCUUUACUCUUUUCUGAGUUUAGGUUUCUCCGGAAACCCAUUUCAACAAAUCUCAAUGCUCCUUUCGGUGGAAUACAGUUGCAGAGACGACGGUUUGGGGGGAUCUUUAACCAUGUAAUGCUGUUUCUGAAAUUUCAAGGGUAAGAAGUGUUAUUUUCAUAGCAGAAGAAGAUAGAAAGAUGUCUGCUUGACAUGGUUGUCUGAGAUUCAACAUCAAGAAAACAUGAAUUUCCUUUCCAAUUGUUGAAACAAAAAAAAAACCUUCGGGGCCGUUAUCGGCAUGGUUCCUCUGUUUAGCCGGAGACAGUUCAGUUCACAAAGCUUGAGGCUUUGCUGUCAGAAUUAGCGAAUAUGGAAGCAGCCUUUUAAUGCAGAUGAUGCAGGAUGGGAAUUUCAGGUCUCAAAGCAAGAAGUUUUCCCAUCUGGAUCUUGAAGAUCAGCGAGUGGAAAUGGAGUUUCCUUGCAAGAUUCAUGCUUUUCAUGAAUCUGUGGUGGCAAGCUUCUGGUCUUGGCUCAAUGUCUUCUAUUGCCAUCUCAUACGGAGAGAGCGGUCCAGUUUUCUGCGGUCUGAAAUCGGAUGGGUCUCAUCUCGUGGUUUGCUACGGAUCCAACUCUGCAAUUCUGUACGGAACUCCCACUCAUCUAGAAUUCAUUGGUUUGACAGGUGGUGAUGGGUUUAUGUGUGGGCUUUUGAUGAGAUCCAACCAGCCAUAUUGCUGGGGAAACAGUGGCUACAUUCACAUAGGAGUUCCUCAUCCGAUGAUCGGAGAGGCUAAAUACUCGGAAAUCAGUGCUGGCGAUUACCAUCUCUGCGGUUUGAGGAAGCGGAGAAAGAAGGAAAACUCCAUUGUUGAUUGCUGGGGUUACAACAUGACCAGGAACUUCGCUUUGGACCGACAGAUCCUAUCUCUGUCAGCUGGUUCCGAGUUCAACUGUGGCUUGUCCUCCAAGGACAAGUCCGUUUACUGCUGGGGCGACGAAACUAGCAGCCAAGUGAUCAGUUUGAUCCCGAAACGAGCAAGGUUUCAGAAGAUUGCAGCUGGAGGAUACCAUGUCUGUGGCAUCCUCGAAGGGUUAAACUCUAGAGUGCUCUGUUGGGGAAGGAGCUUAGAUUUCCAAGAGGAUAUCUCGGUGACCUCAACGGGAGAUCGGACCCUCGAUUUACUUCCAAAGGAUCCGUUACUGACGGUUGUCGGGGGAAGGUUUCAUGCUUGUGGAAUCAGAAGCUAUGAUCAUAGUGUGGUCUGUUGGGGUUAUGUAGUUAGCCCGAGCACCCCAGCUCCAACUGGUGUCAUGUUCUAUGAACUUGCAGCGGGUAAUUACUUCACUUGCGGAGUUGUUUCGGGGAAUUCCACGUUACCCGUUUGUUGGGGGCUCGGGUUCCCGAGAACUCUCCCUCUAGCCAUCUCUCCGGGUCUAUGCACACUCAUCCCCUGCCCACCAGGUACCUAUGAACUGGUUAACCAUGACAGAACACCUUGCAGGCUACCCGGCUCGCAUAUCUGCUUGCCCUGCAGGACCAGUUGCCCUCCUCAGAUGUACCCGAAGAGUGAAUGCUCUCGGAGUUCUGACAUGGUCUGUGGUUAUAACUGUUCGAGUUGCUCCUCACCCGAAUGCUCCUCGAACUGUUCUAUCUCUACGGCCGGGAAGGCAGGAGGAGGAGAAGGACUGUUUUGGUCUGUUCAGUUACCUAUCAUAGUUGCGGAGAUCGGGUUUGCUCUGUUCGUGAUAACCCUUGCCUCGUUAUCAGCUGUUAUAUACGUAAGGUUCAGAUUGCGACAUUGUACAUGCUCGGGAAAGAAUGCAAAGUCUGGGAAAGAUCAAGCCUGCGGGAGAAUCCGACAGGAUCUGGACGUACUUAGGAUCAGGAGGGCCCAUGUGUUCACUUACAAAGAGCUCGAGAAGGCAGCAGAGGGCUUCAAGGAAGAAUCCAUGGUGGGAAAAGGGAGCUUCUCCUGCGUGUACAAGGGGACACUGAGGGAUGGAACCACAGUCGCGGUUAAAAAGGCCAUAACUUCAUCUGAUAAACAGAAGAACUCGAAAGAGUUUAGGACAGAGCUUGAUCUUCUCUCGAGACUGAACCAUGCCCAUUUACUCAACCUUCUUGGCUACUGCGAAGAAGGUGGGGAAAGGCUCCUGGUUUACGAGUUUAUGGCUCAUGGCUCACUGCACAACCAUCUCCAUGGAAAGGACAAGGCCUUGAAGGAGCAGCUAGAUUGGGUCAAGCGAGUUACGAUAGCUGUCCAAGCCGCCCGAGGCAUCGAGUACUUGCACGGUUACGCCUGCCCACCCGUUAUUCACCGAGAUAUUAAAUCAUCGAACAUUCUCAUAGAUGAAGAACAUAAUGCCCGAGUUGCAGAUUUCGGUCUCUCCCUUCUAGGCCCUGCGGACAGCAGCUCCCCUCUCGCAGAACUUCCUGCAGGCACUCUCGGCUACCUCGAUCCAGAAUACUACAGACUCCAUUACCUCACGACCAAAUCCGACGUCUACAGCUUCGGAGUCUUACUUCUGGAGAUCCUGAGCGGUAGAAAAGCCAUUGACAUGCAGUACGAGGAAGGGAACAUAGUGGAAUGGGCGGUUCCUCUGAUCAAAGCAGGAGACAUAUCUGCGAUCCUGGACCCGGCCCUGAAACCGCCGUCCGACACGGAAGCACUGAAGAGAAUAGCGAGGGUGGCAUGCAAAUGCGUGAGGAUGAGAGGGAGGGAGAGGCCAUCAAUGGAGAAAGUGACGACUGCCCUCGAACGAGCACUGGUGGAGCUGAUGGGGAGUCCGUGCUAUGAGCAGCCGAUACUGCCGACGGAGGUGGUGCUUGGGAGCAGCAGAAUGCAGAAGAGGUCAUGGAGACUAGGGUUGGAAGGGGAGGAACAGCAGAGGACGGAGUUCAGAGGAGGGUCGUGGAUUACGUUUCCGAGCGUGACGUCGUCUCAGAGAAGGAAGUCGUCGGCUUCUGAAGGGGACGUCGUCGUUGAGGAAGGGAGGAACCCUGAAGGGCUUAGAAGGUUGGAGGAAGAGAUAGCUCCUGCUUCGCCGCAGCAGAGCUUGUUCUUGCACCAUAACUUCUGAAAAACAAUGUUUAACAUGACAUCAUCAUCAUCAUCAUCAUUAUAUGUACUGACGGAAAAAGUGUUGAAGUAAUGAAUGUAAAGAGAAGACUCUGCGAGGAAACCAUGGUUGAAGGUUUAA